GAAUUGAAGAGCAUCUGUAGCAGGAGGGCAGUUCAUCUUUAUUUAGUGGCGCUGAUUUUCUUUAAUCGAUGAAGAAGAUGAAGAAGAAAUCACCUAUUGUCACUCUGAAACAGUUCAUCUUCACCAUGGCUCCUCUAAUCGAUGUGGAAAAGGAAGCUGAGAUAUCCGCCUCUAUCUCUUCAUGGGCAUCAAGGAAUUUGGAUACUUCUCAAAAGAGGGGCUCCGCAAUUCUCAAUUUGUAGUGAGUUGUGUGUUGUAUCAUUUUCUGUAAUUGUUGCUUAAUCAAAUAACUUGUAUCAUUGUUAGUGAAAAUAAAAAGAAAAAAAGGAGGGAAAACAAAAAACACAAUAUCAUAUAUGGCCCAAAAAGUAAAUUAGUAAUGCUUGAGCUGGAUGGUGUUUUGUCUGCCCGAUCAUGACAAUCUGGUAUUAGUUCUGGUAAAGUGGAGAUUGGAGAUGAUGAAUUUCCCUUUUUUUUUGGCAAUGCAGUUUAGCACCCCUGAUGUAGCUGUAUUAAAACUGGACAUGGCUG